CAUUUCGUUGCUUACGUGUAGCCUUAGAACCAACACAAAGAUCUCUUAUUGGAGAGAACAAAUCGUGUCGUUUUUCUCAACACUCGUUAAAGUUGUUAAAGCAGACAAAGUCCGCAAGUCAAAUUUAAUCCACGUGUGGUUGCACACUGAUAUUUUAUUUACCAAAUUUGGGCUAUAGUUUCAGGUUAUGUUCUAUGCCGUUUCAGGAUAAGUUUUGGACCAGUCCGUUUGUCAGCUCAGGUCGAGAGUUGAACACAAAAUUUGACAUUCUAUAAUCAAAAAUAGUGCCGUUUGUACAAUCAAUAAACGGCAAGACACUUACCGUUGCAAAUAGUCAAUCUUGCUUUUAAGCUGAAGAAGACUCUGUAAUCUGAAGAAAGGAUAAGACUUUGGACACAAAGAGAUCACUGAAAACAAACCCGAAAAUGGCAGCUUUGAGUUCUUCCAUGGCUAUCUCAUCUCUACAUUUACUUUCUUGCAACCAAAGUUUCUUCCUUUCAUCUCAAUUUUCAAAACCCUUGUUCAUAAACCUUUCUCAGAAGAAACCCAGAUUCUCAAUUUCCUUUUGCCUCAAGCAAAGUGAAUCUGGCAGCAAAGAACACGACGACGAAGAAGAAGAAGAGUUUACUGUUGUGACAGCCGUAAGAAGCAGAUACAAUGAGAUUGUUAUAGUCGAUACUUUUGCUUCUAGAUAUCUUCUUCUUGACUCCACUAGGAAUGUGCAUAGUGUUAUCAAUAAAGGAGGCCAGAACUGGACUGGAGCUUAUUGGGUAAAAUGUGGUUUUUUGUCCUAUCAACAUUUUUGUUUGCAGGAUGAGUCUGCGAGUUUGCCUCCUAUUAUCCCUAAUGGUCCCAUAGCAAUCUACGGCUUGGGUGGUGGAACAGCUGCAAGAUUGAUUCUUGAGCUGUGGCCUUCAACGAAGCUUGAAGGUUGGGAAAUCGAUGAAAUUUUGAUUGAGAAAGCAAGAAACUAUCUCGGGCUGUCUGAGCUAGAGAUACCGACAUCAAAAGGGGGUAGACUUUGUAUUCAUGUAGAUGAUGCUCUCUCUCCUUCUCAAGAUGAUUCAAAAAGAUAUGCUGGGAUCAUCGUUGAUUUGUUCGCUGAUGGAAAAGUUUUAGAUCAGCUGCAACAUAUUCCAAUGUGGCUGGAACUGGCUAGUAGGUUAAUGCCUAACGGUCGCCUUAUGGUCAAUUGUGCGGGAAUCGAAACAGAGGUACAGAAUGGAAAACCACAGUUGGUGUUAGAUGAUUUAGCUUGGAUGUUGAAUUCUACAGUCAAGAUCUUCUCAGAAGCAUUUCCUAGACAAGUUAGCUGGAAGAGAACACCAGAUUCACAAGGUCUCAACUUUGUUGCCUUAACCGGAGGCUUACCUGAUCGUAGUGACUGGUCUAACAAGGUUCCAGUCCGUUUAAGCGAAUCAGUGAAGCUAUGGAAGCUUUGCGAGACCCCGUUAAAUAUCAGUGCUUUGAAUGCAUCUAAACAUCAAAGAGUUUUGCCAAAAGAUUUGAUCAAAAAACUCUCAUGUGAAUAGUGGAAGUUGUGUAUGAUUUAUUUUGCCAAUUGAGUAGAGAGAUACACAAAUGGACA